AGACAAUGCAAAAAUGGCCAUUUGCCUAAAAACAAAAAUUAAUUUUUGGGAAAAAAUAUACGGCUGAUAUAUGUCGAUACACUGAAGCAUGGUCCAGACGUCCGUUCAUCACAACAUUUAUUUUCUUGCUAGUUGUCUCCGUAGAAACGGACUCAAUCAACGUAUUUCAAAUAACUCUUUCUAUGCAACCAUCAAAUAUUACGUGAAAAGAAGAGUUUUUGCAGUUUACUUGUGGGCUAUAAUUAGGGAUAUUCAAAGAUCAUUGAACAGAUUAUCUUGUCAGCGGUUUCUCGCCAUAGUAAAAAAACUUGCAAACAGUGGAGAUUGAAGAUGGAAAUGCAUGACGAAAUAUCKAAUAAACUACCAAUUUUUGUUCAAGGAUCAGUGGUUAAGGGAUUUGGUAGAGGUAGCAAAGAACUUGGAAUUCCAACAGCCAACUAUCCUGAAGAUGUUGUAGACAAAUGUUCUGAGUCCCUAAAGACUGGUAUAUACUGUGGAUGGUCUAGAGUAGAUGAUGGCGAAGUUUAUAAAAUGGUGAUGAGUGUGGGUUGGAAUCCAUAUUAUAAGAAUGAGAAAAAAUCAAUGGAGACACACAUAAUCCAUAAUUAUGAUCAAGACUUUUAUGGCUCACAACUUAGUGUUAUUGUAGUUGGAUAUUUGAGACCUGAAAAGUCUUAUCCAAGUCUACAGGCUCUYAUAGACGCAAUUCAUGAUGACAUAAAUCAAGCUAAGGACCUUCUGGAAAGACCUGAAAACAAGGCAUAUGCAAGUCAUACAUUCUUUACAUCUAGCAGCUCAUCCAAUGCUGUGCAAAAUGGUUUAUAAAAAAACAUGGUGUGAGCUAAAGACAAAAUUUAUUAACUAGGAUUCCUGUGGUCAAUUUUAAUAAAUCUGAAUCGGUUAAUAUAUGUGCUAUGAAUUUUAUCAACUAAAUAUUAUUAUAUUUUUAGGCGAA